ACAAAACAACAAGCGAAUUUUGGGCAUUAUUAAUUUUUGAUGCAAAGCGAGGAAAAAGGAAAAUUCCUGACUUAAAAGUGGUGCAAAGUGCGUGAGAACGAUGAACGAAACGAAAAGCGUCAAAGUUGACAAUUGGGGCGUGUUUUUCCUGCAAAAAUUACAGAAUUUCUUCAAUCGUACGGACUACUGCGAUCUCACGCUCCAAUUUAAUGAUAAUUCGCAGUUAAAAGUGCAUCGUCUCGUCUUGAGCGCCUGCACGGACUACUUCAACUUGCUGGAGCAGCAAUGCGAGAUGAUCGACGACAUUUUAAUCAUGCCCGACGAGUUGCAAGCCGACGUUGUGCUGCCCAUCGUCAAUUUCAUGUACACGGGAAGCCUCGAGUUUCAGUACAAUAUGUUCGACAAGUUGCUGAAAACAGCCAAAGACAUGAAUAUGACGGUGCUGCUGAAGCUCCUUGAGGCACAUCACUUGGCGACGCGCAACAUUCGCAAACCCACGAAUCCCGUUGUGCUGAAUAAGCAGGCGCCACGUAACAUUUCGACGACAUCGGGUCUAAGUCGGGCCAUUUCUGGUGUGCGACCUGUGCCAGGCAAGGGAAAAAUCGUCUAUAAACAUCAUCAAACGACAAUUGCGCCAGUUGUGGGAUCCAAAGCCUUGCCCGAACCUGUUCAGGUUAUCGCGAAAUACAGUUCGGCAAUGUCGAAUGUUCGAGGUCCGACGAGAUUUGAGCUCGAUGAUCCGUCACUCGACACCUUUGAGGGGCAAUUUGAUGCAAUUUCGUACGAAAGUAAGCCUCUGUUGACGGCGGAACAGAUAAAACGCGAAGAAGAGUCAUCAACGUUCGAACGUUUGAAGAAAGAUGUGACAAUAAAACGACCUCCGCCAUCGUCGUUGACGUCGCCUCCCGCAAAGAAACCAAAUUUGGAAGACGUCAAAGAACUUACGGAAAAUAUUCGGUUGCGGAAACAGCUGGCAAGUGAGGAAAUGGAAGACGAUGCCGACGAAUAUUUCGAUGAUACGCCAUUUGACGAUGACGAUGACGAAGUACAGCCCGUAAAUAAGGCAUCGAGUGGCAAAUCGUAUGGAACAGCGACAAAAACAAGUCCGCGCACGACAAUUUCCAUCAAAGAGGACAACGGAAAUAUGAAUCAUGCGAAAAUUAUCAGCGAAGUACUCAAAAAGUAUCCGCAUUUGGUUAAAAAUAACAAAAAUAUCAAACUCAAGAUCAUGCAAAAGGGAGGCGAAAGCACAAUUGUUACUCAAAAAACACCUCCAACGGCAAAGGUUUAUCCCACAAAAAUCACAGCAGCAAAUCAACAAGCAGCAAAAGCAAUUCAAAAAAUCUCGCCUCAAGUAAAAGUUGAGCAAAAGCCAGCAGCAGCAGCAACGCCUACCGCAGCACCAACCGCCAACAAGCCUCGUCGUAUCGACGCGAAAACAAUGCACGAACUCAUCGCAAAAGGCGCCGAAAACACGACAGGCCCGUGGCUUUGUCUCCGUUGCGGCAUCGAUGGGCGCCCAAUUAGCAUUCCGUCGUACAAAGGCUUCCGUCGUCACCUGAUUGCCGUGCACAAGGAACGCAUCGACCCGAAACUCUGCGAAGAAUGUGGCUACAAGUCAACCAGCAAGAACGACUUGCAUUACCAUCUCUUCCAAAAACAUGACGUUGCACCGCCGAAAGAAGUUCGUUUUCCGAAAUGCGCUGAAUGUGGGCAUCUUGCCGCUACGCCCGCCCAGCUGCAGAAACACACACAAGAGGAACAUCCGAAAGUUGAGACGCCCGGCGUAAAGACGAUUCAACAAUGUUGCUAUUGCGAGAAAGUUUUCAUCAAGGAAUCCACGUUAAUGGGUCACAUUAAGCAGUAUCAUCGCGAAGAAGCGUUGGAGGACAGCGUACUCGAAGAUGACGAGUAUAUUCCGAAUAAUCCGACAACGGAUGCGAAACAGAUUAAAGUGUUGUCGAGCGUGAGUUUACCGUCGAAUAAGAGCUUACAAUUCGUUUUGGACUCGACAACGGGACAACAAGUCACCCAAAUUGGCGGAAAAUCGUCUCAAACGUUAAAACUCGAGCCCAGUUCUGAAGCUGAUGCACUUAGUAAAGUCGCUUCUGGUAUCGCGACAAGCUUGCAACUUGUCGGAACUGCCGAUAUGGGACUCGAUGAUCAAUUCCAGCAAGCACAAUUCACGGGAGACAACAUAAAUCUCGGAGGCGAAACGAAAAUUCUCACGGAAGACGGGCAAGAAUUGCAACUCACGCAAUCGCAACGCGAUGAAAUCAUCUCCCAACUGCAAAGUGGCGAAGGAAACAACGUCAUAAUGAUUUUAAAUCAAGAAUCUUACGAUACGCAAGUACCCACAGUGGUUUCGGGCACAGAUAACAACCUUGUCGUCUUCGGCGAAUCCACAGAUGCGACAUUUGUACCAUCACAAGCAGUCCAAAUCCAACCACGAACCAUCGUGAAAGACGAACCAAUCAUCGUCAACAUGCAAGAAGCGGAAGAAAAGUCCGAAAAUGUCGCCGAAACGCACGAAAGCAUACAAAAAGAAGUCGACGCAUCAGCUCCGGCAACAGAAAAAACCUCCACAGAAUCCAGCGCAAGCACAUUAGAGACACAAAAACCCGCAGAAACCGAAGUUAAAGACGCCCAAAUCGAAGAUGAGCUUGAAAAAUUGGGCGCUGCAACUGUUGUCACGGAAAAUGAUCUCUUGGAUAAAUCCGACGAGGAUUUGCUCAACCCGAAAAAUGCCGAUGCCGAGGAAAAAGCAAAACAAAAUCUCAUUUCGACGUUGCAGGGGGAUUGGACAGAGGAAUCUGAAGAUGAAAGUAGCUUCCAUAAAACGGAAGAAGCGGAAAAGAAAGCUGAUGAGAAGCCAUCUUCGCCAGUUUUGGAACCUGCUCUCUUUGAAGACCUCGAGAAAAAGGUAGAAGAACAUGAAACGGAGACAGCUGCGAAAAUCGCCGAUGCCGUAGAUGACUUGUUGCAAGAACUCGAUGGAAAUUUCGUGGAUGAUGUUGAAAAGGAGAAGUCAACCACGGAAAAUGACGGGGAAAAAGCAAAGGAAGAAAAGUCAGAAGUAGCAGAAAAUAAAGAAUUGAGUAAAUUAAUGGAUGAUUGGGAUGAUGAGGAUCUAUAAAAGGUACUCUUGAAGUUUAACUGAUCUAUAGGAAAAAUCCAAUUUCUGCACAUUUCCUUUACCUAUUUAGUUUUAAAGGUAUCAAAAUUACCUUUCCUUGUAAGAUAUUUUAAUUUUUUUCAUAAUUUUAAUUUUCACUUUUUAAGAAAUUAUUUCUAACGAAAAAAAAAACAAUCAAACCUGAACUUGCGUUUAAUUUUUUUUAGAAAUUAUAGGCAAGCAGUAUAAUAGUAAAAUAUUAGAUAUAUAUAUGACUCCUAUAUAUGAAGAAAAUUAACGAAAUUUAAGCUGAGAGAUUUAUUUGAGUUUAGCAUAAUAAUUAAUUUUAAGCAAAAAAGCAUGUAUUUGUCCUCAAUAUAUAAAUAAUUAAAAAAAAUAUAAAAAAAUAGUUGUACUAUCAUCAAUCAUUUAUAAUAUAUUUUAAUUUUUAUCACACACUAUAAAUAAUUAAAUUGACUAAAA